UGUGAGUAAAUCUUUCAGAUCUUUGUUUAAUUAUUCAUUUCGGGGCAUUCUACAUGUUAUUUUAAUAAGACAGCCACGUUACUGCCCCCAGCCGUCUUCAUCCUUAAAUACUGCAAAGAACUUGGUUUCCCGCCUUAAUCCUAGAAUUUUUCUCCUCUUGCAUUUUACACUGACUUAUAAUAUGAACCUUAUUAGACGUAUUUAUACAUUCAUUCUACAAUGUACCUACCUUGUACGAAAAACGAUGUCUUUUUGUCUAGAGUCAGGUGAAUUUUUCUACCGUAUCUUGAUAAUUUGUAGUCUGUAGCAAGAAUCCCACAAAGUUAAACUGCACACUAAGCUUCCCUCGGCAGUAUUGGCAUGGGUGGGGAAUCCGCGGGAACUAUCAGUUACAUUCUUCCUUUCUUGCGCGCGCCGCACGGUUCUGGUCAGUUGACAUUCAGCGGGAUAAUUCGGCGGGCAUCGAUACGAGUUGUUUCACGUUAAAUAUUUUUCAAUCAAAAUGAAUCAAUUUCGGUCAACUUUUUUGCAAGAAGACGUCUAUUUCAGUGAUCAUGAAACUGACGAAGAUCAAGAGAUUGAGGAAGAUCGUCAGAGUACCUCGUCACCAACUGUAAGUACUAGUGCUGCCAAUAGGAGAUCUGGUCAAAAACGGAAUCACGAAGAAACAGAUAUGGACAGCCCUUCCGACAGAAAAUCACUGAGGGGCAUGAUAGAAAUUGUCUUCAAGCAGCAGGAGGAGAUCUUAAAACGAUUGAAGACCAUUGAAACCAAGGAGGAGGAAAGAAGAGGGGGAGGAGAGGAGAAAGUGGUUGUUCCACCCAACGUUCGGAUGGCCGUUAGAGAUGGUUAUGGCGAUGGAUUGAAACGUGGUCUCAAGUGGACGUUUGACCAACAGAAGCCGCACGAUGCAGAAAACCACCCUAUGACCGAACACAUUAUAACGUUUGUCAGGGGAUGGGCUGGGAAUGCUGAAGCAAGUGAGGAGGUAGUGAAAUGUGCCAUUAAAAGAUACUUUAUCACAAAGAAGCAGGAAGAUGGUCUAAAGAAACAGAAUCAACUAGAGGUGCAGAGGCAGAAGAGGGUUAAAUAUGAGAGGAAGAAGGAGAAAGCCAAAAGAAGGAUGAAGGCGCUGCAGAUCCUGUCGGCCCAAGGGUGGCAGUCUGAGGUGCGGCGCGCACAAAUCAGGAGCGCCAUUGAGAUAAAGUAUACGUCCAGCGAUGAAGAGUGUGAUGACGGAUUCAUCACACACCCCCCAUCCUGGCAAAGUGACAAGUUUGCGCAGGUUAAGCGUGCUUUAGACAGGUGUUUUGUUGAUAACUGUUCGCACAAGAGCAGAAGGCUACUGCAAAAUAGGAAGAUAGGAGCAGUCCACGUCAAAUCUGCCCCUAAUUGUCCAGAGGAUGUCUCUUGGAUUGUGAAGAAAGAUUAA